AUGGACGAUGUCGACGACUGCACCGUACGUGAGCUUGACUUUGGCAACUUGGGCACGUUGCGGAUAAAAGAGUUCACAUUCUUAAAGGAUGAUGCAGGGGCAGUGGUGUGGGACGCCGGUCUCGUGCUGUCGUACUAUCUAGCCCACCAGCAUCGCCAAGGCCGCCUCCUAGUCGCGGGCCGUACCUGCCUAGAGCUGGGCAGCGGAACGGGUGUGCUCAACGGUCUUGAUGCUACCUGCAUUGCGCUGGCCUUUGAGUGGGGAACUAGCACCCAACAUUUGAAAGUGGAGGUGGCGGUGGCGGCGGCGGCGAGCGCCUCUACAGAGACGUCGUCGUCGCCGCCGCCGCCGCCUCCUGUCCCAUGGUCGCCCCAGGUAAUUCUGGCUGCAGAUGUAGUGUACGACGCAGCUGGCCGACACAGCCUGUUCCGUACACUGGCGCAGCUUCUGGCGCCGCCGGCUGUGGAGGAAAGGGCCAAUGAGCAGCGGCGGGGCGGGGUGAUGGUGAUGGUUGUGGUGAUGGCAAUAGGGCCGGGGGCCGUGAUGUUGCAACGGACUGCUCGCAUUCUAUGCGAGGCAACGGCGUCACCCGCGCCGGUUGCGCCAAAGUCUGGUGCUGCCGCUGUUCAGCCGCCUGCAACACCCGUCGCGCACGAUGCGGCCGUGAAGAAGGAGCGCGCGCCGGUCGCUGAUGAGCAACUUGCUGCGCUCAAGUCUCAGUUGAAGCGCGCGUCAGAGGCACAGCGCAAGUACUCCAUAUUUACCCAGGAACAGGUGGAUGACAUCUUCCGGCGGGCCGCGGAGGCUGCCAACGCCGCGCGCAUCCCCUUGGCCAAGAUGGCCGUGGAGGAGACGCGGAUGGGCGUUGUGGAGGACAAGGUUGUGAAGAACCACUUCGCGUCGGAGUUUAUUUACAACAAGUACAAGAGCACGAAGACGUGCGGCAUCAUUGAGGAAGACCCCGCUGGUGGCAUUCAGAAGGUGGCUGAGCCCGUCGGCGUCAUCGCCGGUAUCGUGCCAACCACCAACCCCACCUCGACCGCCAUCUUCAAGGCGUUGUUGUCGCUCAAGACACGCAACGCGCUCGUGCUGUGCCCGCACCCGCGCGCUGCCAAGUCGACCAUCGCCGCCGCCAGGAUUGUGCGCGAUGCCGCCAUUGCAGCCGGUGCCCCUUCGGACAUCAUCAGCUGGGUGGAGAGCCCCUCGCUGCCGGUGUCGCAGGCGCUGAUGCAGGCUCCGGAGAUCAGCCUCAUUCUCGCCACUGGCGGACCGGCCAUGGUGCGGGCCGCCUACUCCUCCGGACACCCCUCGCUGGGUGUGGGCGCGGGCAACACACCCGCGCUGAUCGACGAGACGGCCGACGUCAAGAUGGCCGUCAGCUCCAUCAUGCUGUCCAAGACAUUCGACAACGGUGUCAUUUGCGCUUCGGAGCAGUCAGUGGUGGUGGUGGGCAAGGUGUACGACGAGGUACGAGCGGAGUUCAUCCGGCGCGGCGCCUACUUCCUCAACGAGGAGGAGAAGGCCAAGGUCCGUGCUGGCGUUUUGAUUGACGGCAAGCUCAAUCCCAACAUUGUGGGUCAGUCCAUUCCCAAGCUUGCUGAGCUGUUCGGCAUCAAGGUGCCGGAGGGCACCCGCGUGCUGAUCGGCGAGGUGGAGGUUUGGGGCGAUACCGAGCCGCUGUCGCAGGAGAAGCUGUGCCCCAUCCUUGCCAUGUACAAGGCGCCAUCCUUCGAGCAGGCCGUUCAGCUUUCGCACAGCCUGAUCAUGUACGGCGGCGCCGGUCACACCAGCGUGCUAUACACCAACCCGCUGAAUAAGGCUCACAUCGAGCUGUUCGAGUCCACGGUCAAGACCGUUCGUAUCCUGAUCAACACGCCGGCGUCUCAGGGCGCCAUCGGCGACCUGUACAACUUCCACCUGGAUCCCUCGCUGACCCUGGGUUGCGGCACCUGGGGCUCCACCUCGGUCUCCAACAACGUGGGGCCGCAGCACCUGAUCAACAUCAAGACCGUCACUUCGCGCCGCGAGAACAUGCUCUGGUUCCGAGUGCCGCCCAAGAUUUACUUCAAGGGAGGCUGCCUGGAGGUGGCGCUUCGCGACUUGGUGGGCAAGCAGCGCGCUUUCAUCGUCACGGACAAGCCGCUGUUUGACCUGGGCUACGCAGACAAGGUCACCACCACUUUGGACCAGCUCAACAUCCACCACCAGGUCUUCUACCACGUAACUCCAGACCCGACCCUGGCCUGCAUCAACGCCGGCUUGAGCGAGAUUCUGGAGUUCAAGCCCGACGUGAUUAUCGCCAUGGGCGGUGGCUCGCCCAUGGACGCGGCGAAGAUCAUGUGGUUGAUGUACGAGUGCCCGGAAACCCGGUUCGACGGCCUGGCGAUGCGCUUCAUGGAUAUCCGCAAGCGCGUUUACGAGGUUCCGGAGCUGGGCAAGAAGGCCACCAUGGUCUGCAUCCCCACCACCAGCGGCACCGGCUCCGAGGUGACGCCCUUCUCCGUGGUCACGGAUGAGCGACUGGGAGCCAAGUACCCUCUGGCCGAUUACGCUUUGACGCCCAAUAUGGCGAUCGUGGACCCUCAGCUGGUUCUCAACAUCCCCAAGAAGCUCACCGCCUGGGGCGGCGUUGACGCGCUCACCCACGCCUUGGAGAGCUACGUGUCCAUCUGCGCGACAGAGUACACUCGCGGCCUGUCCCGCGAGGCCAUCUCGCUGCUGUUCAAGUACCUGCCGCGGGCCUAUGCCAACGGUGCGAACGACUACGAGGCGCGUGAGAAGGUGCACUACGCGGCCACCAUCGCCGGCAUGGCCUUCGCAAACGCGUUCCUGGGCAUUUGCCACUCCAUGGCGCACAAACUGGGCGCCGCCUUCCACGUGCCUCACGGUCUUGCCAACGCGGCCCUCAUCAGCCACGUGAUUCGCUACAACGCCACCGACAUGCCCGCCAAGCAGGCGGCCUUCCCGCAGUACCAGUACCCCAACGCCAAGCACCAUUACGCGGAGCUGGCGACCAUGCUUAACCUAGGUGGCGAGACGGACGACGAGAAGGUCAUCAAGCUAAUCGAGGCCGUUGAGAAUCUGAAGCAGCAGUGCGAUGUCCCGCCGUCCAUCAAGGAGAUCUUCACCAACGACGCUGCUAAAGGGGAGGAGUACUUGAAGCGCUUGGACGCGCUUGCGGAGGACGCUUUCGAUGAUCAGUGCACGGGCGCGAACCCGCGCUACCCGCUCAUUGCCGAUUUGAAGCAGAUCUACAUCGACGCCUACCAUGCGCCCAUUCUGCCCAUCAAGUCGCUGGAGUUCUUCAGCAAGGUGUAAACGAACGAUAUAUCAUACACCACGCAAGAUGAUCUGCCAAGAACACGCAACGAGAAAUAAAAUCCGCAUCGUUUGUACCGUUGCGGUACUCGACACCAGGGACAGGCGGAAAAGUAAUAUUCUUUCUGUUGCAAUGUAUCCUGUUGAGAGAAAAAAUGGAGAGUUAAGAUUUGUGUGUGAAUUAUGUUUGCCGUGCUAUUGCUGCGGCGGAUGGGGAGUGGGGAUGUGGAGGUGGGAGGGUGAAAACUGUGGUAGCUUUUAAUAGCUGGCACAUGCACCUGCACCAGCGUCGGCGGCGGCCGUCGUCAUCAUCAUGUCGUGGCGACGGUCGCGGCGCUGGCCCCCGCGUUGGUAUUUUUUUCUUCUUUGCUCGUUCAAGGCAUUCCGUCACAUAUGGAAACGAUCCAUUGUCGAUCCGAGCAGUCACCUCGACAACCGCUUUAGGAUGCGACUGUGCUUUCUCGUUGCACCGUUGCAUGCAUAGAAGAUCUUUCCUGAUUGGUUGCUUUCGCUGUGUGCGCGCUUAUAUCGCUCGAGGUGGCGGUCCCAAGACCCUUAAAUUCUUAGGACCUUAUCCUCGAUGAUCUUACGGACGUAUAAAGCUCGUUGGGGCCAUAUCGUAAUUGUCACGAGGG